CCCUAAACCCAGCAUCCAAUCAGCUUCCUCGGACCCGGGGGACAAAGAACAAGAGUGGCAUUUGUCCUGUUCUCCUAUAAGAGAAAGUUGCAGCACACCGGGUUAAAACUGAUUUCUUUCUUCCGGAGCUAACGGUGUAGGUGAAAAUGGUUCAUGCAUUUUUUUGGUUCCUGGCUCUUCUACUCAAAACAUGCCCGACACAUGCUUGGGUUGCAAGUAACCUUCUUAUAACGGGAACAAAGGCCUAUUUAAGCUACGCAAAUAGCGUGCAGGUGGGCACCCAGAGUGGGAUUGAGGAGUGUAAAUACCAGUUCGCGUGGGACAGAUGGAACUGUCCAGACAGCGCGACGCAGCUCAAAGCGCUCAGACGCGCCACCAGAGAGACGUCUUUUGUCCACGCCAUCAGUGCAGCAGGGGUCAUGUACACUUUAACUCGGAACUGUAGUCUCGGAGACCUGGGCAACUGCGGCUGUGACGUUUCAAAGAAGGGGAAAACCGGUGGCCGUGGCUGGCUUUGGGGUGGAUGCAGUGACAACACAGAUUUCGGGGAAAGGAUUUCCAAACAGUAUGUCGAUGCCCAGGAGACUGGCCAGGACUCCAGAGCUGCUGUCAACCUGCAUAACAACGAGGCAGGGCGGCUGGCCGUGAAGGCAACAAUGAAACGCAUCUGCAGAUGUCACGGCAUGUCUGAGAGCUGCAGUGUCCAGACCUGCUGGACGCAGUUGUCCGAUUUCAGGGAAAUCGGUAACUACUUGAAGAUAAAGCACAGCCAGGCCCAGAAGCUGGACAUCGAUAAAGAGCGCAUUCGAGCCGGCAACAGCGCGGACAGCCGCGGCGUCAUCGCGGCCGCGUUCGGCAGCGUCGCUCAGACGGAGCUCAUCUACCUGGAGGACUCUCCGGACUACUGCAGGAGGAACGCCAGCCUGGAGCUGCUCGGUACCGAAGGCCGGGAGUGCGUGCAGCACGGAGAGGGUCUGACGCACUGGGAGAAGAGGAGCUGCCGCAGGCUGUGUCACGAAUGCGGCCUGCGGGUGGAGGAGAGGCGCACGGAGGUGGUGAGCAGCUGCAACUGCAAAUUCCACUGGUGCUGCACGGUGAACUGCGAAGACUGCUCCCAGGUUGUAGUGAAACACGUGUGCGCGAGGAGGGAGGCUGCCGAUGGACACGGUAACAGACGGAGACACCGUGGUCCCAAAUGAACAGAUUCCUCUUAUGUCACUCACACUGACCUGUUUGAAGAUGCUAUUUAAGGUUUGCACUUUCUAUGCUUUGUGUAAAUAUCCAUGUGUCUAUUUAUGAAUAAAACUAAA